GAAGCGUUGAGUUGAUCUCUAGUACGCUGUUUAGCUAGUAAGCUAGAAAAUUUCAAAGGAAUACAUUGACGCUGACAGUCCAAAAGUGUGCGUUGUAUUGAGGAGUGCAAUUAAUAGUGCAGCUUGAAACAAUGUCGAACAGUCCAGACAGAUUUGCCACCGAGCGAUGAGCAGAAUGUGGAGAGUCAGGGCUCUAUUUCUAACUGUUCUUCAGUUGUGGUGAUUGAGGGACAGGAGGAUAACAUGUUUAGUGACAAAAAGUUUUAUUGUGAGAUGUGCCAUCAGCACUUUAUAGAUCAGUGCGAGGUUCAUGGUCCUCUGCUAUUUACUUAUGACUCACCAACGCCAAUGGGGAUUCCUCAGAGGGCUCUACUAACGCUUCCCCAAGGUUUGGUUAUAGGUCGAUCAAGCAUCCCUAAUGCAGGACUUGGAGUUUUCAACCAAGGCCAGACUGUUCCUUUGGGGAUGCAUUUUGGACCUUUUGAUGGAGAGGUGACUAGUGAGGAAAAGGCAUUGGAUAGUGCCUACUCUUGGGUUAUUUGCAAAGACAAUAAUCAAUAUAGUUACAUAGAUGCAGAGAGAGACACUCACUCUAACUGGAUGAAGUAUGUGGUGUGCUCAACGAGUGAGAGGGAGCAGAAUCUUGUUGCAUUUCAGCAAAACGGGCAUAUUCUGUUCCGUUGUUGUCGCCCUGUAAGCCCUGGGCAGGAAUUUAGAGUAUGGUAUUCUGAAGAAUAUGCUCAAGGACUUGGUACCAUCUGGGAUAAGAUCUGGGACAGGAAAUGCCACCCUCUCGGGAAAACUGAAGAGCAGGCAUCUAAAGACUGUAAAUGUUCUCAUUGCCAUUAUUCCUUCCCAACCCCUUUUUAUCUGAGCAUUCAUGUGAAACACUCACACCCAGAUCAGCACGCACACUUCAUGGAGAAACAGCCACUUGAGUCUGAAGACCACUCACCAGUGAUUGAGAUAGACCAGUGCCUUCUGGUCUCUGAUGCACUUCCACAUACACGGAUACAGCCAUUCACAGAUAACUGUGAGGGUCAUAUUUCAACCCUUAAUGGACAAGCCAACCAUCACUCAGACAUAGACAGCACAGAUUUGUCCAGUACAUUCUGUGAUGGUUUGAGCAAAGACACAAACCAGGCAAACAGUGUUCCUGAGGUCUCAGGUGAAAGUAAUACUUGCAGUGAUUGUGGUCGGAACUUUUUGAGGUCUUGUCAUCUGAAGAGACAUCAGCGCACAAUCCACUCCAAAGAGAGGCCUUAUUGCUGCAGCCGUUGUAAGAAGUGCUUUAGUCAGGCAACAGGGCUCAAGAGACACCAACAGACCCACCAGGGUGAGGAGAAAGAGAUGGAUGCAAACAGACCUUCUGAUAUCUACCCUUGCACUAAGUGCUCCUUCUCUUUUGUGGCCAAAAUCAAUUUAUUCCAACAUCUCAAACGCCAUCACCACGGAGAGUACCUCAGAUUAGUUGAGAAUGGCUCACUCACAGCAGAGACUAAGGGUGAUACAGAGGCUAACUUUGACAAGGAUGACCCACCCUAUGAACCUCCUGCUCGAAUGAAGAGGUCUGCAAAGAGCUCUUUCAGAUGCAGAAGUCGCCCUAAAAAAGUGCCUACUUGCCGACCACGGGGCCGUCCACCUAAAACCAAGAAGAAAGCCGUGGUUGAGGUUGAGCCGCAGAAGAGUUUACUAAUAUGCACUGAGUGUCAACAAAGCUUUACUGAUACGGAGACACUGAAAACUCACCAAUGCACAGGGAAACCUAACGAGGAACUAGAGGAACCACAGGAAGCGCAAGCUUCCCAGUGUGUUUGCGGUGAAUGCCUAAGAUCUUUCAAUAAUGUUGAUAAUCUCAAAGCCCAUGAGUGCGUUCAAGAGGGAGACGGUCUUCACAGCUGCUCCGAAUGCAACCUUUACUUCAACCGCAUGUGCAACUUUCAGCUCCAUGAGCGCACCAUCCACUCCAAGGAGAAGCCCUACUGUUGUACGCUGUGUCUCAAGUCCUUCACACAGAGUUCUGGCUUGAAGCGCCACCAGCAGAGCCACUCACGCCGCAAAGCCCACCGCCAGAGCUCAGCCCUGGCUAAUGCCAGCAUCUUUCCCUGCUCAUGCUGCCCCUUCUCCUUUACCGAUGCACGCUAUCUUUACAAACAUGUCCGGCGACAUCACCCUGAGAUGAGCGUGAAAUAUCUGAGUUUCCAAGAAGGGGGUGUUUUGUCUGUUGAAAAGCCUCACAGCUGCAGCCAGUGCUGCAAGAGCUUUAGCACAAUCAAGGGCUUCAAGAACCACAGCUGCUUCAAGCAGGGGGAGAACGUCUAUCUCUGCCCAGAUUGUGGGAAGGCCUUCACUUGGUUUAACAGCCUCAAGCAGCACCAGCGCAUCCACACAGGAGAAAAGCCUUACACAUGUCCACAGUGUGGGAAGAGUUUUGUCCACUCGGGACAACUGAACGUGCAUCUCCGCACACACACGGGUGAAAAACCUUUCCUGUGCUCACUGUGUGGUGAGAGCUUCAGGCAGUCAGGAGACCUGAGGCGGCAUGAGCAAACACAUUCAGGUGUUCGUCCAUGCCAAUGCCCUGAUUGUGGGAAAAGCUUUAGUCGGCCUCAAAGUCUCAAAGCCCACCAACAGCUUCACAAUGGCACCAAGCUUUUCCCCUGCACUCAGUGUGGAAAAAGCUUCACCCGUAGAUACCAUCUCACCCGACAUCACCAGAAAAUGCACUCUUGAUGAAAGUAGCAAUUAUGAGAAGAUACAGGAUUGAUUUGUCAGUUUGCCUGAAGAACAUCUUUCUUUUCCCAUAACACAAAAUUAUCCAGCCUUUGAAAUGUUUUUCUUGCAGACUGUUGGACAGGUCUGGACUGCAUAAAAGCAUUUUUGAGGACAAGUGGGUACGCAAUAACUUAGUGUAGUUGGUACCCAAAGACUGAGAAACAUAAGACAUGUUAAAAGGACUUUGCAGAGGUCACGGAGUUAAAAUUAUAUUUUAUUAAUAUUAGUGUAACACAAUAUUUCCUUUGAUUGUAGUAAAAUAAUUUGGGAAAAGUAUACACUGCUAGAUGUUUUCUUUUAAGUGGGUGAAGCUUUUGCUGAGGUUUUACAAAACAGUUUUGUAAAAUAUCUUGACAUUAGAAUGCAUUUUUUAAGUGAUUAGUCUUUUUCUUAUUAUGCAAUUGCCAAAGUGUACUGUCAAACUUAUGGUUCAUUAAUUAUUAUCAAGAAACGAUGUAUAAGUCAAGAAACUAAGAAGACAGGAAAGUCAAAAUUCUUCACAAUUAUUAUUAUUUUGGAUUGAAGAAAAUACAUUCCUGAGAUUCAGUGAUAGUUUUAGAUGCAUAAACAUUUGUGUCUUUCAAUGCAAUAUAAGCAAUCUUUUUUUAUCUUUUGAUGAGCUUCUUGCAGUGUGUUCUUAGAUUCUAUUUUGUUCAUUUACAGACUGUAAAGUGUUAUCUUUCUCAGGCACACCUGCAUCCUGCAUGCAGUAUGCCUUUAUUGUAAAUUUCAACAUGCUCAUAGUGCGAGCAAACAAGUUGGGAAAUAACAGAAGAUAUUACAUUUUCUCUCAAUUUGACUCUUUAGGUAUAGAUUUUCUUGGUGGUUUUUAAAGAGAAUAAAGCGUUAGAUCAUUCCCAUUAGUGGUUGGUUAUGCACAUGCCCUCUGUGUUAAGCAUAAGUUUAAAAUGCAUGAGUGUGAACAAGAGUGUGUUCCAUUCAAGCUUUGCAUUGAAAAAAAAAGUUAACAUGUCUCGUCAAUUUUAUUUAGUCCCUGCUCAAAGAGAGCAGUGACCUUCUAAAUACUAAAAUCACAAUCAUUAAUAGUUCUUGGUUCCUUCGUACAUUUCAUGACACUGCUCACAAGUGGUCUUACUUCCAAAAGGAUGUGGAACCAGUGCUGUUGUAUUACUAUAACUGCUGUAUCUGUAUGCUGUAUUAGGUUAAAUUAUACUUAAUUUAUGAGGCAGACUCUUUCCAGAUAGUAUUAUUAAGAUUUUAUCAAGCUAUUGUGGGCUCUGAGCCCAACAGGUUAACCCCUUAACUGUAUUUUUGUUAAACAUGACCAACACGUGUAUGAAAAGACAAAAAUAUACACAUGUUGGAUGCCAGUUACUCUACAAUAAUGUUAAUACAAUACUACUGAAAUUGCUGAAAAAAAGUACCGUUCCACUGGGAACCACUGGAAGCAACUAUAUUAUUGCCUCUGUAAAGAAAUAGUUCACUCCUAAAUUAAAGUUCUGUCAUCUUUUACUCAUCCUCAUGUCUUUGGAAACCCAUAUGGCUUUCUCUUUU